AUGGCACUCCCUGACGCCCACCUACUGAGCCUUCCACGCGAUAUUCGAGAUAAAAUUCUUUGUGAUGUUUUCCAAGAGAUCACUUUCGACUGGAAAUGGAAGAUUCAAGGGAUGCAUCGCGUCGGCUUCAAGGUCACUGUACCACACGCACCACAUUUCGGUGUACUCUUAGCGUGCUCUCGACUGCACGACGAAUACGUGGGGCACAUAAAGCCAGAGCAUCGGAAAAUGGACAUCGUUUGGAACGGAGCUGUUACUCAACGAAGAGAUCUGAGGAAAGUGGUAAAGAGCAGAAAAUAUCUGAAGGCUUUUGAUUACCCUGAGACAGUACGUAUCAAGCUUUAUAUGGCCGCGUACCUGCAUAAAUGGGGCACGACCGCCAAAUUCAUCGACGUCCUUCAGCUCGCAGCUCCCCGCGUCAGGUGUGUAUUAUUCACCGAGAAGCUUGGCGGUAUCAGCAAUUUUCAUACGAACGAUAUCCCCCAAAGAGUGACCUGGGAGCAGCGCCAGCCUCACGAUUCACAGUUCACUGCGGCACCGACUCUACUGGGCGACUUGCGAAUUUCAAGAAUCAGUCGCAUUUUUCGGAUUGAAACAGAGUACAACGCACAUUAUUUCAAGGCUGGUACUAUACCAAAACCUCAAAAUUAUGGUGGGUGGUUACAUCUACCAACAACUUCAACAUGGAAUUGUCACCCGCUCAACAAUCGUAUCGCGCAAUACGAUGUAUUCACGUAUAACCGAGAAGAAGUACAGCAUGAGGACUUGGAGCGGGCUGCCGUGAGAGCUCUGUGGCCACGACACCGAUUUCGAACUGAAGACGCGAAGCCAGAGUGGGAACUUUCGCAUGUUGAAUUGCAAAUACUCGAGGACUAUUCAGGGCGGAUCUUCAAGUGGGAUUUCGAAGAGCGGGACGAGUUGCUGGCAUCAAAGUGGACCUUUGAGAUUGAAAAGAGGAAGGUGGUUCCGGAUGGUGUGGAUGUUCAUGAGAAUGAGGGCUUUGCUCGGUGGUUUGACUAA